UACAUACGUAUCUAUUAUAAGUACGCAAGAUUUCUGCAUUAGACUGAUCUCCGGGUACAUAAUUGUCUUCGCUAAAUCUUGUAAAGAACUUAAAUACGAGCUAUUCUUAUUCGCUUCUUUUCGUGUUCACUAUAGCCAGCUGGUCGCCGUUCCUAACCUUAUUUUUCAGUUGCGCUUCCGCGUUCUUAUCGUAAAACGGAAAUCCGGUUCUUGAUUUCCACCAUGGCCAAUAACUGCUGACUGAUGGUUAACUCGAAAUCGAUCCGAAGAGCAGCAGCAUGUGCCUAGCAAGCGCUUAGGAAAAAUAUAUGUAAUAUAUAUGCUGUAAAUGACUAUAAAAACCCACUAAGCAAUGAUGCAGUAUUCAACUCAAUACUUUUAUGUCUUUCUCAUAAUGCAACAAAUCUUAAUUGAUACAGUUCAAUUCAUAUUACCAAGGCCAUACCAAAUAAAUUUUAUUAAACAUUUCGAACGCCACUAUUGUGAAUAGCAGCCAACUAUUCGCAAUAAAGUGAUUCAAAUGUCAAUUAUUUGUUUCAAGUGCGAAAGAGAUGGCUGUUUCUAUUACGCUAUACAUUGUUGCUCUCGAAUACUUCGUACACAGUGAUGCAAUAGUAAAAAUAAAAUUAAGAAAAAUGCUUUAAAACUGAAAAUAGUUUCUCUGGUAUAUUCGGAAUUUAAACAGUAUAACUUAUUGGUAUUGUACGCUUUAAUUAAACCAAGUUCUAUGUGAGUACGAAGCAAGAAUGUGUCAAGACAACUUUAGCGAAUAGCAAAUAAAACAGACAAACAAAAUUCAUUAAACCGCCUACUGCUUUCCGAAUAUCCCUAAAUUGCAGGGUUAUGUGGUGAUUUUGUAAGUAAAGCGGAUUAAAAAGGCACAUUUUUUUGCCGUUCCCGUUUUGUCUGUUCAUUCGCCGUUGGUCGUCGCUCGACGUACAGAAAAAAUCUAACGAAAAUUUGUGAACUUGCAGUAAAAUUCAGUAAAUUAAAAAUAAAAAAUAGUAAAAAUAGAACAAGCUAAUUAAUUGACGUCUGAAAACGGUAAAGGAGCGGCAGCAACGACUAGACUAAAACAACUAAUUUACAGGAAGAAGUAUAAAAGAAUACGAUUAUAAGGAUCAUAAUACGGAUAUAAGAUUAAGUGGUUUAAAAGCGCAUAAAGCAGAAAAUCGAAAGACUGAAGUAAAUUGAUUUAAGCCAGAAGUCAGGAGAAGGUGCGUUAAUAAUUAGUAUUACGCCGGAUUUGUAGGAGGACAGAAUCAGGGAAUAUCCUACGUUUAGAGCUUUUAUUUGCCUAAUUUGAACUAUUUAUAUUUGCAUUAAACAUAAAGCGUAUUUGGAUUAUCAUUCAUCAUAUUUACUUUGGAUCGCAAUUUACAAAAUUAUAUUGUAUUAAAGCGGAAAGCCAAUAAGUAAACAAAAUGGACGAUUUAAUGGUCGAAGUAAGGCUCGACAAUGGCGCCUACUACAAGGGAAGGGCAACGGCAGUGUGUGAUGAUGGCGUAUUUGUUGAAGUUGACGGCUGUCCCGAUGUACAAAAAUAUCCCUUCUCAAAUGUGCGCUUCCCGCCAGAAGAAAAUGAGAAUCCGCCCGCCUUUGAGGAAGGCAUGGAAGUGGAAGUGUUCACCCGUUCGACGGAACGUGAGUCCUGUGGUUGGUGGAUUGCUUCCAUUAAAAUGAUUAAGGCUGAAAUCUGCGCUGUUGCGUACAUAGGCUUUGAGACACCGUAUACUGAAAUUUGCGAACUGAAGCGUUUACGUAUCAAAAAUCAAAAUCCGCCAUUGACAUCCAAGUCAUUCUAUCAGUUUUCGAUACCUGUACCCGAGGAAUUGCGACAGGAAGCGCAAAAAGAUGGUAUUCACAAGGAAUUUCAGCGUACAAUAUGUGCCGGCGUGUGUGUAUACAAUCGCGACUUGGACAGUCUUAUUGUCAUUUCGAAAUGGGAACACACUCAGAAACGUGCCAGCAUGCUGAAAGAUAUGCAUUUUCGUAAUUUGGCACAGAAGGUUAUGCUGUUGAAAAGAACUGAGGAGGCUGCGCGUCAGCUGGAAUCGACUAAACUGCUUAAUCGUGGCUAUACCGAUGAAUUCCAUGUGCGCGAAGAUCUGAUGGGCUUGGCCAUAGGUUCACACGGUGCCAAUAUUCAAGCGGCACGCCUGUUGGAAGGUGUUACAAAUAUCGAAUUGGAGGAGAAGUCGUGCACUUUCAAAAUCACCGGCGAAUCGGAGGAUUCAGUGCAGCGGGCACGCGCGAUGCUCGAAUAUGCCGAGGAAUUCUUUCAGGUUCCUAGAGAGUUGGUGGGCAAGGUGAUCGGCAAGAACGGUCGAAUCAUACAGGAAAUCGUGGAUAAAAGUGGUGUCUUUCGAAUUAAGAUCGCAGGCGAUGAUGAGCAGGAUCAGAAUAUACCACGUGAGCAUGGUCAUGUACCGUUUGUGUUCAUUGGCACCGUUGAAAGUAUUUCAAAUGCCAAAGUGUUGCUGGAAUAUCACUUGGGACAUUUGAAGGAAGUGGAACUGCUUCGUCAGGAAAAACUGGAGAUCGAUCAACAACUGCGCGCAAUACAAGAAUCCACAAUGGGUUCUAUGCAGAAUUUCCCCGUCACAAGACGAUCGGAGAGAGGGUAUAGCAGUGAUAUUGAGUCGGUGCGUUCGGGACGUGGUGGACCGCGCGGGCGUGGUAGAGGUCGAGGCGGUGGCAAUGGCGGGAACCAGCGUUAUCAUCAAGGCCGUCGGGACGAUGAUGAUUACAAUUCCCGCGGUGACCAUCGUUACAACGAUCGCAGCGGCGGCGGCGGUGGCGGCGGCUAUCGUGGCGGUAAUGAUCGACGCGGUGGCGGUGGUAAGCAAAAUGGACGCAGAGAGCAGAACGGCAGGGAUCUCGGUAGAGACCAUUACCACAAUCAUAAUGAUGAUAUGCGUGAGGACAUGCGUGAAUUGAGCAGCGUCGAAAGAGCUGAAAGCAUCUCGUCAUACGAGGGUAGCUCAAGAAGACGUAGGCGGCAAAAGAAUAACAGCGCUGCUCAUAACACGAAUGGUGGGGUUACCAAUAACAAAUCCCAGCCAAGCAAGCAACCACAAAACGCAGAUAACAAUAAAAACAACAAUGGUGGUGGUGGUGGUGUUGGCGGUG